AUGGUUAAAAAUAAAGGGAAAGGUUUAAAUUUAAAAAAGGUUAAAAAAAGUAAAAUCUCAAGAACAAAGCUUAAGAAUCCUACAGAUUCCUAUAAAAAUAAGAAAAUAAAAUUUUCCAAAUUAAAUAAACAAAAUAAAAAGGAAACUAAAGAUAAACUUAAUAGAGAAGAUGAAAAUCGGAUAGAAGAAAGUGAACUAGUUGAAAAUAAAGCUAAUUCUACUAAAGAUUCUAAUACUGAGGGUGUAGAAUUAAAUAAACAAAAUUUAUCUGAUUUUAAAGGUUCAGGUAAAAUUAGUGUGUUGACAUCAAAUUUAGGAUUCGUGUUCAUCGGAAACGUACCUCUCACUAUUAAAGACAAGUCUGAUCUCGUUAAAAAACUGAAAAUUAACCCGAAAAUAAUACAAUCAGUUCAUUUUAGAUCAUUGCCAAUUGACCCAAAAUAUGCUCGAAAUAAGAAAGUUGGAGUUAUCAAGGAGAAAUUCUCUGAUGCUAAGGAUAACCAAAAUGCAUAUAUUAAGUUAUCAGACCCAAAGUAUUUAAACGAGUUACUUGAAAAAAACACUUUGGAAGUUGAUGGACAUCAUCUCUUUAUAAAUACCAGCGAUAAAGAUUCAUUCAGCAAAUUCAGUAGGAAGAAAACAGUUUUUGUUGGAAGACUACCUCCAACCGCAACUGAAGAUGAUUUGUACAAUAUUUUCAUGAAUAUAAGUCCAGUAAAAGGUAAGCAAUCUAAUGAAUUUAAAUUUUCAGCCGUGAGAAUAGUAAGAGAUCCCGUAACAAUGAAAUCAAAGGGGUUUGGUUUCGUAGAAUUUGAUAAUAGACCAGCAGUCACUGAGGCAAUAAAAGAACUUAAUAAUAAACAGUUCAAAGGAUACACAUUAAAUGUUACCAAAUGUUUAGAAGAAAUUAAACUAAAAGAUAGUAAAAGUAAUAAGGGCAAAAGGGUUGUUAAGAAUAAUAAAAGUAAUAAAAAUAAAAAGGUUAAUAAAAAGAAUAAAUUUAUUAAGAAUAAAAAGUUUAUUAAGAAUAAAAGAAGAUGA